GCUUUGCAGAGGGCUGGUUGGUGGUACUGCUAUUUUUAAGCGGACGACCAUGUGAGUCGGUUUACGCGCGUAUAUGUUUGAAAUUUUGAAGAUGUUUGUUUUUUGUGUUUUGGCAAUUUCCAUUUUUGGAUCACCAUCUUCGGCUUCAAACUGUGAAAAACUGAAUUCAAUAGCUGCCUUAGAAGAUGGCAGUACCGUGGUGGACACGAAUGUGAAAAUGCUCGCAGGAACCUGGAUUUCCGAAGGAUGUGAAACUAGACCGGGUCCAGAAUACGUAUUGCGUUACUACAAUUUCGAAGAAGACGGCAAGUACUUCCUGACCCAACACCAUUACUGGGACGAUUCUUGUUCUUCUCCGCAACUUUCUGUGCACUCUUAUGGAAGAAUCCAACUAAGAAAUUCUUUGAUUCAGCCCGGAGCUGCUUCGGGAAUUUUUAAAGUUUCAAAUAUCACUGUUAUUCCACAAGAUGAUAGUGCUGCAAGGGAACUGGACAAAACUGUGUCUAUGGAGUGUCCAAGUCAGCCUUGGAAGUCUUGGAGAAAAUAUCAAGAGCACACCGUCUACGAUUCAAGAUACGACGAAAAUAGGAAAUUCAAACUCUGGUUGUCCACCGAUAAAACCAACAAUCAGUAUUCAGUCAAUAGCAAGGGCAGCAACGUACACUUUAGUGAUAUUUCAUGCCUGGGUUCAUUAAAAUGGGCUUUUAAUGAACUGAAGCUGCUUAAAAUUCAAUUGAGACCACUUAUUGAACAAAUGAAGAAAGUGCCAAGAGAGGUCAAAAUGGAACUUCUUCUAGGUGAUAUUCACUCGAAUUAUAAGCUGCGUCAGUACUACACGCCAACCAGCUUCCAAGUACCUCUAGUAAAACACGUCAAAGAACCAACACAAGUGUUCAUCAACCGCCAUACGUUCACUAUACAAAACACUCACGCAAUUCCACACAAUUUAUUCAGCAACUCCAAAACGCCUCCGCAUUUAAUCGAAAAGCCUCACUUGCCUCCUUACAUUUGGGGCCAGUGGACAUCGACCAGAUGCGAAUCUAGACCUGGAGGAAAUUUAUAUCUGACUAGAAAGUUUUCUUUUUACUCUGAAGAUGCCACUUGGAUUGGCGAGCACAAUUUCUAUUCUGACCCUUUUUGUAGGAUACCAAAGUUUAUUGUUACAGCUGCUGGGCAUUUUGUUUUAGAAGGCUUAAACAGGGAACUCAGAGGCACUUCGAAUAUAGAUUUUCAAAUAGAACGAGCUAGUUUAACAGUUUUUGAUCAGAAAAUGAUUGUCGACAUGAGCCUUGCUGAUUUGUGUGGGCAAGGUGUAUGGCAAGUGAGCGUCCCUAAAGAAUUAUCCAUUACAGGAGGCUGUUUUCCAUUAGGAAUAAACAUACCAUCCAUGCAAUACGAUAUUGUUAAAAUGGAAAUGGACUAUAGAGGGGCCUGUUUAUUGUAUUUAGGGCAAGUGAAAACUGACCUAAUGGAAACUAAUGAAAAAAGCAAUAGACCUUCGUCUUUUCAAUUGCCUUUGGUGAAAUGCGGGGAGGUGCCAACUUAUUCUCAAGGGUUGAGGGAUAUUUUGAACGAGCAAGUGUAUGGAUAUAAUAAAGGGCUAGGGGUGAGAAUUGAGCCUUUAAUAUAUCUCUUGGGUAUGUUUUGCUAUUUUUUGAGGUAACAUUUAUAUAUAUAUUCGAUUUUUUAAACUGUGAUAUUUAUUGUAUAAAAAAUUAUUAUUUGUUUGUAUAUAAUUAUUAGAGGGACGAUUAAACCAGUGAUAUGUAAAUAUUAUGCAUUAUUGUAGGUGCUUCUUUUCAAGUAGGUAUUGUAUAAUAGUCUUGUGUUUUAAUAAUAAUUUAGUAUAGUAUCUUUGUACCUAUAGAUUCUUCGUAUUAUAAAGAUGAAUUAUUUAAUUAGGUUCUUUAUAGGCUUAGUGAUUUUGUAAGUAUAAUAAUUAAUUUUCAAUUAAAGUGAUAUAAUAAAAC